GCCGCCGCUCCGGCUCCGCGGCGCCCUCGCCCGCCAGGCUCUCCGCCCGCCGCCCGCGCCCGGCCCCGGCGCCCCGGCCCGCCGCCCGCGCUUCAUGGCUGCGCACGAGUGGGACUGGUUCCAACGCGAGGAGCUCAUCGGGCAGAUCAGCGACAUCCGCGUCCAGAACCUGCAAGUCGAGAGGGAAAAUGUGCAGAAGAGGACCUUUACGCGAUGGGUAAAUCUACAUCUAGAGAAGUGCAACCCACCUCUAGAAGUUAAAGAUUUAUUCAUUGAUAUACAAGAUGGCAAAAUCCUAAUGGCUUUGUUAGAAGUCCUGUCUGGGCGAAAUCUGUUGCACGAAUACAAAUCCUCAUCCCAUCGUAUUUUCCGGUUGAACAACAUAGCGAAAGCACUUAAGUUUUUGGAAGAUAGCAACGUAAAACUGGUUAGCAUCGACGCAGCAGAAAUAGCAGAUGGCAACCCCUCUUUGGUUCUUGGGCUGAUAUGGAACAUAAUCCUCUUCUUCCAGAUCAAGGAGCUCACGGGCAAUCUCAGCAGAAAGUCUCCAUCUUCCAGCCUGUCACCUGGCUCGGGGGGCACGGACUCAGACUCCUCCUUCCCGCCAACGCCCACCACAGAGAGGAGCCUGGCGGUAUCCGUGAAAGAUCAGAGGAAGGCUAUCCGGACCCUGCUGGCAUGGGUGCAGAGGAAGACAAGGAAGUAUGGUGUGGCGGUGCAGGACUUUGCGGGCAGCUGGAGAAGUGGGAUGGCCUUCCUGGCCGUGAUCAAGGCCAUCGACCCCAGCCUGGUUGACAUGAAGCAGGCCCUGGAAGACUCCAUGCGGGAGAACCUCGAGAAGGCUUUCAGCAUCGCGCACGAGGCCCUUCACAUCCCCAGGCUCCUGGAGCCAGAAGACAUCAUGGUUGACACGCCAGAUGAGCAGUCUAUCGUGACUUACGUGGCACAGUUUCUGGAACAUUUCCCGGAGUUGGAAGCCGAGGAUUUCAUGGAUUCCGAUAAAGAAGCCCCUAUUGAAUCCACCUUUGUCCGCAUCAAAGAAACUCCUUCUGAACAGGAGAGCACAGUCUUCCUUCUGACUGAAAACGGGGAGCGGGCCUACACCAUUAACCAUGAAGCCAGCCAACCACCACCCUCCAAAGUCUUUGUCUGUGACAAGCCCGAGAGUAUGAAAGAAUGCUUCCCCAGUGGUGUGUCCAGCUAUGCACUGUCAGACAGCUCCACUGAAUUCAUGCACCAGAUUGUCGACCAGGCCCUCCAAGGCGUCCCAGGUAAGGCCAGCAGCACCAACGACCCAUCUCCAGAAUCUUCCAUUUUAUCAUCCAAAACGGACAGCCGGAGGUCCAACUCUUUGCCAAUCAAGAAAACUGUGCACUUUGAGGCUGACACCUACAAGGACGCUUCCUGCAGUAAGGACCCUUUCUACAGCCAAGACCUUCGCUUUGAAGGGAGCCCGAGAGGGACAAAGGACUCAUUGCUGAAGCAGGGUGGGUACAUCCUGGCAGUUGAGACUGCCGAGGAAAAGCCGAAACAGGAGGCUCCAAAGAUUUCAGAAGCAGCCUCUGAUGAGUCCCCAGGUGACAUCUCUUUGGUGGAAGGUAAGAUCAAUCAUUCACAGACUGCCCAGGGUUCUCCCUCCUGGAACGGGGAGCCGGAGGGUGCAGCCAGCCCCGGGGAGGAGAGUCGUCCCCUUUCACAUCUCGGGGACAACACUGUUAUGGCCGAUUCCUUGGAGAUCAAGGUCGAGCUGCUGACCGUAGAAGCUAUGGGUAAGGAAGACUAUUUUGAAGGCAUUCCUUUAAAGGCCUCUAAAUUUAGCAACGACCUGAUCGAUUUUGCCUCGACCAGCCAGACUUUCAAGGAGGUUCCUUCGCCUCAUGAGAAAAAACCAGUGGAGGAUGAGGUUUUGGAGGAUCAGGCUGAGAAACCGUGGAAGAGGAGAAGUAAAUUGGCGCACCAGAGGAAAGAUUCGGAUGAGUCCCCAGAGAGGCCCAACAAGCUUGAACCUCACAAGGACCCUAGGCAAGAAGACCACGGCUAUUCUCUGGCUCCAGGGCAGGCGCCUGCGGAUAAGAAGCCAGAGGUGUACGAGAAGCCCAAGCGUAAGUCCGCGCGCCGCCGUCGGGGCGAGGACAAAGGGGAGCCUGCGGGGCUGCAGGGGCCGGAAGGAGAGGUGCCCUCCGAGCCGCCGAGCAACAGCGUCAGCCUGGAGACCCUGCGCAGUCGCAGUGAGGAGGGCCUGGACUUCAGGCCCUCCCCGCCGCUGUCCAAGGUCUCUGUCAUUCCCCACGACCUAUUCUACUACCCGCACUACGAGGUGCCCCUGGCUGCGGUUUUGGAGGCUUAUGCGGAGGGCGCAGAGGAUUUGAAAAACGAAGCCCUGGAUCUUGAGGAGCCGGAGGGCUAUCUGUGUGAUGUGGGGGCCAGGGACGAAGCCGAGGAGGUCAAGGAGUCUUGGAGCACCUGCAGCUUCUUGGGGCUGGGCGAGGACGUCCCCGAGGCCAGCGACCCUGCGGCGCCUUGUCCCGAGGGGCGUGCGGAGAAUGCCAGACCGGCCUCGGAACCCGCUGACCCGUCCCCACCAGAAGACCACCAGCAAGGGGAGGCCGAAGACAGUUCCUCUGUGGAGAGCCAGCAGUCCCAGGAAUUCAGAAACUUGGGAAACUUAGCAAACUCUUUAGAAGAAAAGGUAAUGGGAGAAUCAAUCAGCAGUAAAAAAAAGGAGAAAAGGAAGCAUGUGGACCACGUAGGAAGUUCAGUAUUUAUAGCACCCGGCACCAUCCGAUCCUCAGAUGACCUAGAAGAAGACACCGGUGACCACAAAGUCCUCUCCAGGACUAGUCACAGUGACUCCAGCAUUUACAUUCGACGACAUACUAACAGGUCUUUGGAAUCGGAUCAUUUUAGCUAUGUUCAAUUGAGGAACGCGGCAGAUCUGGAUGACAGAAGAAACCGAACGUUAACCAGGAAGGCCAACAACUCUGGUGAAGCCAUGUUGCUGGAGAGCCAAAGCCCCCAGAGCGACUCUCUGACACAGUUUGUCCAGCAGCCGGAUAUGAUGUAUUUUAUUCUCUUCCUCUGGCUCCUGGUUUACUGCCUGUUGCUGUUCCCGCAGCUGGACGUCAACAGACUCUGAGGCGCGUGUCUGCAUAAUAAAAACGACAGGCCCCUGACCAGGCGGCGGGAGCUCUUUCUACUUCACUUUUUUCGGGUGUGGAGGAGGGCACCUCUGCAGACGGUGGGGGGCCUCAGGGAAACAGCCCCCUCUCCCCGCUUCACCUUUCCUUUCUGUCCUGUAAGUGCUGAGCAUGCUUUUCUCUUCGGCUGUGUCCUCCACACUCAGGUGUGUGUUUGGCUGGAUCGUUAGGUGGACUUUAUUCCUGCGGGCCUUGCUUUGUCAGGUAUGAAGCACCCUUGCUAACAUUUAGCCAUAAGCUGGCUUGUAGCUCGUCCCCCGUGCAGGCUUUUAAGGUCCAGAUGGACUCGAGUGAGCUGCCUCUCGGAGGAGGGUCCUCCUGAUGAGGAAGAGGGGCGAUGCCCCACGCAGGACCUCCACUGGGAAGAAAGCUGCCCCAUGUUCCUCCCCGAGGGGGGUUUGAGUGAAGGUGCUGGGUGUCCAUGCACCUGUCGUGUGGUCCGCGGUUGGUUAUAUCUGAGGGGCGCAGAGCUGCCGGCUCCAGGAGCCCACGUCCCGGGACGGCAAACCCGAGGAGGAAAGUGGGGGCUGUGUAGUGAGCUGCCAUGCACUUUCUGUCACCCUAGUUUUGGGGGAAGAGCAAGGGAGGGGAGGAUGGAAAUUCAGUUUUGCGUUGAUUGGAUUGAGGUUAAAGCUGUGAUUUUCAAAUGUUUUCCACCCAUGUCUUAGCCAGGGGAGAAUCUAGAUGGUACAGUAAAAGCCUCUGUGCUGAUCUCCAGGGUUCCAGAGGGCACUGCCCAAGGCUCCUUAAAAGCCAGGAGGAGGAGUGCAGGAGUGGCUGGGCUCAGAAUAAGUUCCGGCUCACGCUGGUGCUGGGACGUCAGCAUGGGCAUCCUUCGUGGUCGGUCAUAAUGGGAUUCUUUUUUUUUUUUAAGAUUUAUUUAUUUGAGAGAGAAUGAGAGCGAGCACGAGGCGGGGAGGGUCAGAGGCAGAAGCAGACUCCCUGCCGAGCAGGGAGCCCGAUGCAGGACUCAAUCCCGGGACUCCAGGAUCAUGACCUGAGCCGAAGGCAGCCGCUUAACCAACUGAGCCACCCAGGUGCCCCCAUAAUGGGAUUCUUGAAUAGACUUUUCUGGAAGGUACCCCGAGAAGUAGACCAGAGCAGACAGUUUGUGAGGAGACCUCCAGCCACCCUCCCAUCUUCCUUCUGCCCUGCGCCACCACCCAACCCCCGUUUCCCACCAAGAUGCAGGCCCUGGGGCCCUGGUAUUGCUUCUAACUCCCAUUGCCCUGCCCCUCCAAGCCCUACUCAGAAAACCACAAACCCGUAGGUCAGGAGGGGCCCUCAGGCAGUCUCUUCUCUGCCGAACCCAGAGAGGCAGAGCGGGUGGACCAAGGUCACAGCCAACCAGGAGCAGACUUGCAAAGGCACCUGCGCUGCCUGAUGCCUGGUCCAGAGCUGUCCCCUCAUUAACGAAACUUGUGUUGGGCCCAUGGGCCCAUGAGUGUCCUGGAAAGAAAAAAAAAAGGUUAAAGGAUUAGAUUAAAAUGUCCUCACUGAAACAAAACCAAAAUUUGGGGGCCAGCUACAACCUUUGCGCUCGUAAAGCAUUCGCUUUCACUCUCAUCCCCUGUGACCUCUGGAGUGCCCUUGACCGCUGGGACAGCUCGGCCGCUGGUAAUUGCUUCUGCUCCAGAACUCACGGCUCUCUCUGAGCAAGGCGAGAGGCGUGCUUAUUUCAGGCAGGGGGUUUCAAGUUUACAGAAUUCCAGCACGGCCAAAAGAAUUUACAUAGCACAUUUGAAUCGAUGACAGCCAAAAUCCCACUCUGGUUUAUAGCCUGCCUUCUCUCCUUCUUGGUUCUUAGAACAAAUCUGAGCCUUCCAAGUGGAAAGCUGUCGGGAGCUUGGAGCGGUUCCAUCUUGAAGGCCAAACGUCCCGGGGAGAAUGGGCUAAUUAGUGAGCUCCCUGGCAUCACUGAAAGCUCAGAGGUACAGAUAGUAAAGAUGACAUGUGUGAUAUUUUAUAACCCCGGACACCACGUGGUCCUUGCCUAAACUAGAUGCUGGAAGAGCCAGGGAGGAGCCAACCCAAACACGCAUCAUCUCAUUUUACGGGGCUAGACCUUGUUCAGAAAAAUCUCUGCAGGCUGUUUCUCUCACCCAUUACAACAUGUAAUAUUGUUUAAAACCACCCAGUGGCAAGAUGCCUAAAAAUCGUUUGGUUCCGGUUGGCUGUAAACAGAUUUCUUCUUUAAAGGCAAAAAAAAUUCCCAGUGGAGUAUAGGCUUCUAUGGAAGAGGAAGUUGAAUAUAAAAGGUGGAUGGAGAAGCCUACAGGACAGACCACCCAAUGGCUUUGAAUUUUUUUUUUUUAAGUAUUGAUUUUUAAUUCUUAUCCAAGUAAUACAUAUUCAUAGUUUAUGAAGAAACAAGUACCAUAUGGCUUUUAAUGAAAAUUAGCAGUGCCCUAAGUCUGGUUUCCCUAGAAGCAACACUUUCAAUCCCUUUAGCUAUUGCUUGUUAUUUACCUUUGCAUUGCAACAUAACAUGCUUACACUUAUUUUCCUUUUUUAAAUUAGAAACACUUGCAACUUGCUAUUCUGGUAGAUGGGGGUCUCGCCCUUCUCCAUCCUCCACUUCUUUUCCCUGGUGUGUUUACAUCACAUUAUUUCAUGCAUGUCUAUUCAGUGUAGGGGUGCAGAAGGACCGUUCAUGCCUGAGCCAAGUAAUGUGCUAUGGUAACACACCCUUUCUUGCCAAAAAUUUCCCCUUGGUUUGAUAAUCUGUGUUUGUUUUUUGGGGUUGUUUUAUUUUUUUUAUUUUUAUUUUUUGGUGUGGCACGUUCUUUAGUAACUUCCUGAUGAAAGUAACAUGGGAAGUAAAUCUUAUAAAUUUCUUGAGAUUUUUGCAUACCUUAAAAUGUCUCCAUUCUGCCCGUCCCCGAGUGUAGCUGGGUAUAGGAUUGCUGGUGGAGAGUAACUCCCUCUUACGGCCGCCCAGCUUAGUUGUUGAGACUUCUGGCACCACCCAGAUUCCCAAGCCUCUAGAUGUGACUUGGGUUUCUCCCUACCUCCCCCGAAGCAUUCAAGCUCCCUUUCUUCUUAGUGUUCCAAGCUGUCCUGAUGGUAGCAUGUCCUCCGUGGUAUGAAGGUCAUGCUGGCUUCUCAUGGGAAACUUCGCUCAGUUUUUCUUGGAUUUUGGAGGCCCGCUAGAGUUUUGAGAUGUGGCCUCUCUCUCUUUCUGCCUAGAGACCUUCCUCAGAGGUCUGUGCCGAAUUCCCUACCUGGACUCAGCUUCACAUCCUGAAGUCCCCAGAGUGGGUUACACUGGAGUUUCAGGCCAGCGUGGCUUCUCAGAACCUUCUCGGCGAUGCUCUUGCCAGGAAGCGAGCCCAUAAAGCUCUCCAGGUCCAGCUGUGUUCUUUCUCUUUCCCCGACAUUGCAUAAUCGCUGCUGAAACCGCCUUUAGAGGAAGAUUUAAGAUCUUGUGCCUGCAGCUGCCGUGUGGAGCCCCCACGGCGGAAUAGCAGGUUAUUCCUCCGGCCCUUGCAGCCGGUGAGCGGGGCAGCUCUGAUGUCGAGGGCCAGGAGCCCGGGCGAGACACUGAGGCUGAGAGCUGGAGGGGCGAUAUCGUGCUUAUUUGCUGAAAAUUGCUGCAGUUUGCCUUCCCAGUUAGCCAAGGGAGGGAGCCAAGAAAGGAGACGUAGCUUCUUUGCUGGACGCUGAGUCCACAGAUCUUUCGAGUCGGCCUUGUCAGUCAUUUCCUUGAGGAAGGACAGCAGUUCAGGGAAGUGAGCCUGGUGCCUGAGAAGCACGGGCUUGGGCUGCGUUGGGCCCCAGAUCUCCCAUUUCUGUCAUGUGCAGACUCAACGUGAGUGCUCAGCCCGCCUUGCUCUGAUUUUUCGGAGCUCCCCACUGACCGUCAGGCCUUGUCAUUUCUCCUGCGUGGGCUUGGGGUGAGCUUGGUCGAGUAAUUGGGCAAAGGCUUAGAGACUCGGAGCUCCCGCUUCCCUGAGAGCCGGCGGAGGACCAUUCGAGUUCCUGUGCGCCCCGGCCCGUCCAGCGGUCAGCAGACCCCGCAGAGCCAGGGAGACUGACUUAUAAUUUGCUCUGAGAACCUUGAUGAAAACACAUCAGGCAAGCAGUUCUCACCAGCCCAGGGCUGUUGCAUCAACAAGCCAGGAAACAUCUUUGGGUAUGGGGAAGAGACAACCAGUAUUUUGUUUGACCACGUUCUUCUUAAAUACAACACUACUCAGCCAUCCGGGGGCUGAUCCCACUGCUAACUUUUUAAAUUCCUGACACCCAGAAGCCAAGUCUAGCUUUCUUUUUUUUUUUUUUUUUAAGAUUUUAUUCAUUUAUUUGACAGAGAGAGAAAGAGAGAGAACAAGUAGGCAGAGAGGCAGGCAGAGGGAGAGGGAGAAGCAGGCUUCCCGCUGAGUGGGGAGCCCGAUGCGGGGCUCGAUCCCAGGACCCCAGGAUCAUGACCUGAGCCGAAGGCAGUGGCUUAACCGACUGAGCCACCCAGGCGCUCCUGCCAAGACUAGCUUUCAUCCCGCAGGGGUCUGCGUAACUGAAACCAUUUUCCUUACAUCACAGUUCCCUUUCCUCCUCCUCCGAGAGGUGUCCUGGGCUCCAGAAAGCGCAGGUUUGGGAAUCAGCCAGAUCUAGGUCUGAGUCCCUGCUCUGCCACCUGGUAUCUGGAUAAUCAUUAAGCUUUCUGAGUGUCUUCUGCGCAGAGCAGACCCUGCGUACAUCCUCGUUGAAUGAGUAAUGCUUCCUUGCAAGUUUGCCUCGAAGCUGUAAAGUGUCCGGCAGUUCCUUGCUCUGAAUUCCCCUCCUCUCUGAGCUUUGCAGACACCUCCUUUCCUUAUGUUCCAUUGACCAAAGCUGCUUGAGGCCUCUCCAGCCCACCUUCGUCCCACCAACUGCUCUGUCUCAUAUCUAACCCAAACCUUUUAAAGAGGAAGUUGAGGAGCACCUGGGGGGCUCAGGCAGCGGAGUGUCCAGCUCUUGGUCUCAGCUCGGGUCUUGAUCUCAGGCUCAUGAGUUCAGGCCCCAUGUUGGGCUCCACGCUGAUCUCAAAUGCUGAUUUUCAUCCUGGACUUCACUGCUUAGAAGAUAGUUACACCCUAAGGAGGUUCUGAUUCUUGAUGGCUUUGGCCAAGUUGGCAUCUGUGGGUGGAGAUUCCCAGAGCUGGGAAGGUGGGAACUUGGUUAGUCAGGUUGCAGUUCCCCACCACAUGUCCUUCUCCCCCCUCCCAAAUUUCUGCACACCACUCCCAACCCCAUACCCAAACCACUCAGAUGUCUUCUUCAUGCUCGCAUAAAAAUGACCGAAGAUGACCCAGAUUCAUGUUUUCGCCUAUGGUUGCAAAUUUGCAACCAAAAUGACUGCCUCUAAAGAACCGCCAGCAGUAAAAUCUCGGCGUCUAACCUCAAAAACUUCAGCCACCAGUUAACUAGCCAUCCUGCCUGAGCUAAUCACCUCUCCAACCCAAACACGUGCUUUUUUUUUUUUUAAGAUUAUUUAUUUAUUAGAGCAAGUACGAGUCGGGGGAAAGGCAGAGGGAGAGAGAGAAUCUCAAGCAAACUCCAUGCUGAGCUCGGAGCCUGAUGUGGGGCUUGAUCUCAUGAUCCUGAGGUCAUGACCUGAACCGAAACCAAGAGUCAGAUGCCAACUGACUGAGCCACCCAGGCGCCCUCCAACACACGCUUUUUCAGAGCAGGAAAUUAGGCUCUCUCCUUCAAAAGACAAACACACUUCAUUGGGCUGGGCAGAGCACAAUUAAAAUAAGGAUGGAGGAUUUGAAUUACUUGGAUGAAGCCAUAAUUGGUUGGUCUGUGAGAUAGGAAUACUUAUUUUUCCUUUGUUUUAAGUUUAAAAGUUGUGAUUUUUACACUGUCGCAAAAACAGAAAUAUCUUUUGAUUGGUUUAUUGCAUUUGCAGUGGCUCGGACUUCCUUUAGCCCCACCCAAAGUCAAUAAGAGCAUAUCCUCUGCAAGACUGUGCUAUAAGGAAGAACAGCCACAAAGGCCUGUAUUCUUAAAUGUCAUGCGAGGAUUGAACCAAAGGAAGAUGCUGGGCGUUUCUGUAACCUGGGAGUUGACAUUGUUCCAAAGUAGGACAACACCGGCCUGAGCAUCAGGAACCUACAUCCGGACUCUGACUCACCUGCUGUGACACCUUGAAUAAUUCAUUUACCAUUCUGGGUCAGAAGUUGGAAAAUCUUUUAAAAAUUCCUUCCUAGGUUUAAAAAUCCAAAGGUUAACAAGGUAGAUUUUUUAAAAAAUCUCAGUAAGUGACCUAUUUGCUUAAAAUAAAUGCAUCUCUGUAUUUCUAAGUGAAAUCCAAAGCUUAGAACAUUGCUUCUGGGUUUCGUAUCUGAUAAAGGUGCCUUCAGAAAGGGUUUGGUAAAACAAAGCUCAGUCUGUUAAGGUGUGGGAAUGAAAGUUGGAGUAGAAUGGAGGAGAUCUGCUUCCUAGGGCUUCCAGACCUAAAUGGUCUCCUUAAAUUAAGUCCGCGUCGGAGGCAGUUUGCCAGGGAAGUCUGUCCCAGAUGCCAAAGUUCAGCAGUAGGAACAAAGAACUAUAAACAGGACCUUCCUACCCUUCCCAUCUUUUCCCCCUUCCCCUGGUGGACUCAAAAUUAACCGGUGCAAAAAUCCCACUCAUGUUGGGCUGUUUGCAUUGUAACGUUGGAUCCCUUCAGCCGAAGGCUGGCACGUUAGUGGAGAAUGUUCCAGAGUGGGCCCGCACCCGUGGGGCAGGGUGCCAUGAGGAGGAGGCCUGCCUUUUGCGCUUGAAAUCACACCAUAAGACAGGGCCUGCAUCACUUGCCUUGCAGCCAAAGACAAAUAGGAACCAUGGUUGUUCCCUCCCGUGUGUCGUGUGUCAUCUGGACAGAUGACUAAGUCUGGCAACAGUUUCCUCCGAGCCUGUUCUCGAGGAUGGUGACAGGAGUUUGCUUCAAGGUCUGUAAUAUGUUUAACAGAUUCAAUACUACUGUUUCUUUUAACGUCAUGGCAAAGCUUCAGGGACAAUGUCUGAACAUUUUUAUGAAGAGCGCUAAGAGAACUAUGGAGAAAAAAGUGAGAUGUUAUUUUGUAGAACAAGGAUUAUUUUGUCUAUUGAGUAUAUAUAUAUAGUCGUAGCUUUGUAAAAAGGGAUCUUUGUAAAAAAAAAAGAUUGUAUGAAUGUGCCCUCUUAUUUAUUGAUUAUUGUAAAUGAAGAUAUAAGUGACUAUUUGCAUAAUUUGUACCUGUAGGAAGUUAACUGGAGUAUUUGCUAUUUGACCGUUUUCUAUUAAGGAAUAGUAGGCUCGGUGCUACGAUGAAUGGUCUUGGAAAAUCCCAUGUAUUCUUAAGAAAAUGUUUAAGUAUAGAUUUCACGAACUGUC